AAAAGCAGAAAAUGGACGAUGAAGACAUGAGCUGCACGUCCGGGGAUGAUUAUGCCGGUUAUGGAGAUGAAGACUACUACAACGAAGCGGAUGUAGAUGCCGCUGAUGACGUGGCAGUGACACCGACACAUUCAGAGGAAGCUGAUUAUGAGUGUCUCUCUGUAAAUCAAGUCGAACGGGUAUUCAUCGACGGUGUAAAUUCACUUGUAUCCAGAAUUUCAAUAAAUGAGAAAUUCGCUAGAAUACUCUUACAAGCUAAUCAUUGGGAUGUUGAUAAAAUAGCUCGACUCGUUCGAAAUGAUCGAAAUGAUUUCUUGAGAAAAUGUCAUAUCGACGCAAAACCCGAACCGAAACGGAAAUUAUCGUCAACUCAAUCAGUGUUAGCAAAGGGUUACUGUAGUGUAUGUGCUAUGGAUGGAUAUACUGAAUUACCACAUUUAACAUGUGGACACUGUUUUUGUGAACACUGUUGGAAGAGUCAUGUUGAAUCUAGAUUAUCAGAAGGCGUUGCAUCACGAAUCGAAUGUAUGGAAUCUGAAUGUGAAGUGUAUGCACCAUCUGAAUUCGUUCUCUCGAUUAUUAAAAAUUCACCGGUGAUAAAGCUGAAAUAUGAACGAUUUUUGCUCAGAGAUAUGGUAAAUUCUCAUCCACAUUUGAAGUUUUGUGUUGGAAAUGAGUGUCCUGUGAUUAUACGAUCAACGGAGGUUAAGCCAAAACGAGUUACUUGCAUGCAGUGUCAUACUUCUUUUUGUGUAAAAUGUGGCGCCGACUAUCAUGCUCCAACUUCAUGUGAAACCAUCAAACAAUGGAUGACAAAAUGUGCAGAUGACAGUGAAACAGCGAAUUAUAUUAGUGCUCAUACGAAAGAUUGUCCACAAUGUCAUAGUUGUAUUGAAAAAGCUGGUGGAUGUAAUCAUAUUCAAUGUACAAGGUGUCGACAUCAUUUCUGUUGGAUGUGUUUUGGUGAUUGGAAAAGCCACGGAAGUGAAUACUACGAGUGCAGUCGAUAUAAAGAAAAUCCAUCAGUGGCUGCUGAAGCUAAUCAUGUAAAAGCACGAAGAGCUCUCGAGAAAUAUCUUCAUUAUUUCGAACGAUUCGAGAAUCACUCAAAAUCGUUAAAAAUGGAAGAAGAACUGAGAGAUAAAAUUAGAAAGAAGAUUGAUGAUAAGGUCAACGAGCACAAUGGAACAUGGAUUGAUUGGCAAUAUCUUCACAAGUCGGUCUCAUUGCUAACGAAAUGUCGAUACACGCUACAGUAUACCUAUCCAUUUGCCUACUUUCUCAGUGCGACUCCCCGCAAGAAUUUGUUCGAAUACCAACAAGCUCAACUCGAAAAAGAAGUCGAAGAGCUCGCAUGGGCGGUCGAAAGAGCCGAUGGUACCGCACGCGGAGCUCUAGAAGCCCAUAUGCAUCGAGCCGAGCACAAACGUCAGACACUUCUUCACGACUUUUUCUUUUAAAUCUGUUGUUUUAUAGCUCUUCUUCUAGUAGUUUUCUGUAUAUCCCCAUGUAUCUAAAAAACAAUUUACCUCCAUUCAAAAAUGGGUCGAUUUCUUUAUAUUCUUUUCCAUAAUCUUUCUGUAAAACUCAUCGAAAAAAACUUCCCCAUGAAUACAUCACACUCUUUAAUUGCUCCUUGACCAUUUAUCUGUGAUCCAAUUCCCGUUUCUCCUGUUCUGUGAAUUUGAAAUGUUUUCUGUAUAAUAUUUUUUGGGAUUCCUGAGAUCUCUCUUUUGCCCAUGUUCAUGUAGGAUUGUUUUCUGUGUAUUUCCAUCAUUUCUUGAUUUUUUUUGUCCUGUUCACACAUACUCAUUUAUAGUGCCUUUCUCAUUUGUUAUCAUCACACUUUACUUAUCCUGAAUUUGAAAUACAUAUUUCUAUUAUU